AGUUCUAUCUAAAAAGAAAAUGCGAACUCGCUAUCUGAACAACGACUACUUCACUCUCCCUCCAUCCCAACGCCACGAAACCAUCCCUUUCCUCCACCUCCCUGUACCUCGCCUCCCUACGCCGCUUUCCUCCGCCGUCGACCACCACCUAAACUUCUACUCCCCUCUCCCCGACGUCUCCCUCUACAUCGAUCCUUUCCCGAUCCACUCCGCACUCUCCUUCUUCCUCUCCUCUGUCCUCCCUCACAAAAUCGCGAUUCCGAAUCCAGAUCCGUCCUCCUCCGUUUCCGAUUAUCCAAAUAACAAUAAUGCGCUGCUGAGAGAAGCAGAUUUUAUCUUCGAAGAUCAUGUCACCGAUGCUGAUAUUGAAUUUUCCAAAGAGAGUAAAACCGUUGCUCGUAGUAAUGAAAAUGAAGUCGCUUAUGAAGCGUUUCAAUUUGAAACACCUGAGCAGCUGGACACACUCUUGGAAAAUGUAUGCUUCACAGUGAAGGAGAGAAUGGAAAUGCUGUCUCAUACUCCAGAGGUUGAAAAUAGCAUGGAAAUGUUUAUGUCUGAGUCAUUGAUGCAGUACUCUUACGAGGAUCUGGACUCAGUAUCAAGGAUGGAAGACGUUAUUUCUGAGUACCUAAACGGGGAGAAUGCAUGUGCUUUAGAAGGUAAUAUUUCUGUUCAGCACCUACCAUACUCUGACAAAAAGACAUUUCUCAUUUUGGAAGUGGAUGAAGAACGUUUGGGAAUUCCCACAAGGUUAUCUAUGGGAGAUAUUGUUGAAUCAUAUUUUGAGAAUCUCAGACCUCAAAGUUUUGAUGAACAAUAUCAGUCCAUAGCAGAGGGAAGGGAACUGUUGGAUUCUAAAGUGUAUGACGUGGUGAAGUUGUUCUCAGAGGACUGUGUAUCAAAGAAGAGUUUGAUCUUAUCAGAUCUAUUUCCUGAAAGAGAUUUCUUAAAUAUGUUGGAAAAUGAACAUGUGGAUGGGACAUUGCAGGCUGAUAGUGAUCUGUUAGUGAAUCUAAUUACCUUCCAGGAGUUUGUGUUCCUUGAUGAAGAUAUGAUUAAUAAUACCUUUGAAGCUUUUUAUGAUACAAAAGCAUUGAAUGAUCUUGAAGCAAGUGUCUGGAUGUUCAAAAAAGAGUUUAAUUUUAAGAGUUUUGAUGAAUUGGUUGUUAGUAAUGAAAUGGCACUAGUAGACGACACAUUCAGAUCAUUGCCUGUACCUGUAAUCUCUGACCACAUAAAGAUGAUUUAUGUACAUGAUAUCAUUGGAGAACUAUUUUCAAACAUGAAGACCCAACCUCUAUCUGCAUCUGAUGGAAUUUACUUAAACUGGGAUCUACUGGAAGAAGAUAAAUGCAAUUACAAUAUAUCUAAUUGGUAUCAGAACAUAUGGGCCAAGAUAGAUAUGAAAAACCAUGAUUUCAGAGAAAAAUCUUUUGACAAUAGAAAAAUGAUCUUUGAUCUAGUUUUUUUUGGUGAUUCAAUAGUUGAGUGUGACCAUAAAAAUAGUAAAGAGUUGCAGAAUUUGCUUUGUGAUAGAAUUUCUCAGCUUGACAGUCAGCCUGUAGAAUUUGCUGUGAGCACACUUUUAGAACAUGGAUCUUCCAAUAAAGGAUGUCGAGAACAAUUACUUGAAAAAUACGCACAGAGGAAGUCUAUGUCAGAUAUCAGCAACCUUCGUGAUACUACAGGUAAAUGUGACCUUCAUCAAAGUGAGGAGUUGCAAAAGUUGCUUUCUGAUAGCAUUUCUCAGCCUGUAGAAUUUGCUGCAGGCAAAUUAUUAGACAAUGGGUCUUUCAAUCAAGGACAUCAAGAACAAUUACCAGAAAGAAAUGUUGAGAGGGUUUCAUUAUUAUUUAAGUCUAUGUCAGAAAUCAGCAACCUUGAUUAUUUCUUAAACCCUCAAAAAGCAACUGUUAAGGAGAGUUGUUAUUCUGCAGUAGACUCCACCAAUGUUAACGUUAAUAUUCCAAAAUAUGCAUCCACUGCAUUGAAACCUGGUAUACAAUCACAAGGAUGGCGCACUGUUCUGCAUAGAGUUAAGCUGUCUGAUAAUAUUGUGGCUCUUGCUAGAUAUUUUGGAAAAAGCUAUCUGGCCAUUUUGCAGAGUGAUACAGAGCUGACAAAGACACAUAAAUCAGAUGUUCAUUGUUUUGAAUUGCUGAGUCUUCAAAAGCACAAACUGAUUGAAUUCCAUGUAAAUGGAAAUAAUAUGGCGUUUAUUGUGUUAAGUGCAAUUAAACAGGCAGUUUGGUACUUAUGUUUCUAUGGUCUCAAUCCAGCAUGCUUGUAUCUAGAAAAACUAUGUCAAAACAUGGGCUACUUGAAAUCAAGAUUAGGCAUCCUCCAAUCUUUGAUCAAAGAUGAAAACAGGAAGAUGGAAAACAAUAUUACUAUGGCACACUCAUCGCUAACAAUUGUUAAGGAAAUUUUACAGGGAAACAUCAAACAGGAUAGUUUGAAAGCUUUAAUUGUGGCUGAAGAAGUAUUCUGGUGGUCUUUGAAAAAUCUCCUUCUCUCCCUGAGGUUAUCAUUUGGUGAACUAAAUGACUCUUACCGUAAUCUGCCCGAGGAAUCUAAUACUAAAAUGAUGGAACUUCUGAGUUCAGACUGCUUGCUGGUUUCAUACAAGCAUGUUUCUCCAUUAUUUCCAUUCAACAAGUUUGGCAUUAUCUUGGAAUAUGGUGGUCCAAAUGGUUCUUCUAGAAUAUCUGAAUUUCCAUCAAAUUCAGUUGGAUUGCUUAAUCUUCAUUUUUUGACGGUUGAAUUGAAUGACCAUGCCGUUCUCAAAGCACUCUGUCAAGGUGUUGAAACACCAAUGUUGCCGGAAACUGAGACUCCUCUUAUUUUCAAUCACAAGGAAAGUAUGGUGAAUCGAAAAUUAGAGCGACUACUGAACUUUUAUCCUACGGAACAACGCCAUGAUAUAAAAUCUUCAAAGGCUGCACUUGAAACAGACAAUUUUAUGCCUCUAAUUCCGGCUGUGGAAACUGAGAAUAACCAUCAAAGCUUAGAGUCUUUUACUGGAUCAAUUAUCAUUGUCAAUACUCAAAAUGUAGAUAAGGAAAUGAUAGUGUCCAGAAGAAGCUCUUACCAAGUAAUUCUUGCGUUGGAGAAAAGAGGAAUUCAAGUUGCUGAACGUGAUUUAGAUUUACCAGUGGAUAUUAUAUUAAGUUCAGCAGUUUGUUUGGCAUGGUAUGAUAGUACAAACCUCUGGAAGAAAGCAACUCCCGCGACUGAGGCAUCUUCAAGCUUGCCUUUAUGUAUCGAUAAUAUUGCAACUGAUGUUCUGCCAUUGCUUAGUUUUUACUUCUGUGGAUGCUUUCUGGUCUUUGAAGGGGAAUUUAACUUUCUUUCAACUGUUAUGGAAUACUCGGAUGGACUUUAUGCAGCAGCCACAAGCCUGGGAAUGGAUUUGCAGAUCUUCUUCUCUUACUCACCAGAGUUGACCAAUAAAAUUAUGAUAAACUGCAUUAAGAGUACUGCCAUUCAGACAAGAGGUCUGUAUUCUAAAAUGCCUGAUUCAGUAACUCUAGCAGAGUCCUUUCUUACACAAUUUCCUGGAAUAAAUCCUUUAACAGCACAGUCUAUACUAACUUUAGGGGUCACACUCAAUGAGUUCCUCACGUGGUCACACGAACAAAGGGUACACGUUUUAGGAAAAUAUAAUGUUCCUGAACAAAGUCUUUCUCUAUUGAGCAUCUUCUGCAAAUAUGGGGAAAGGGAGGAUUCCAAAUCAAUAAUGACAGACUGCUCUUCUUCGGUAUCUUCUGGUCCAGACUCAGAUAGGUGUCGGUUUUAUCAAUUUGACAAUAAAAGAAAAAGACCAAACCCUGUAGUCAUUGAUCAGAGUGAUGAACUAUGUUUUGAUGAGUUGUUGCAAUUCAAAACACUAAACCAAGUAGUUGAGGCUGUCCCUGGUCCGUCUACCUUGCAAAAUCCUUAUGAUCUUGGUAUGUCAAAAGAUGCUUGGAGAUCUAGAGACUCGGGAAAAGCUAGUUUGCACAUGAGUGAUCCAUUUUACCAAAAGCAAAAUAACAUUGCGACAACAAUGAGAAACCACUCCAGAGUCUCCCCAUCAUCAUGGAACUGCAAAGCUCCCCAAAUAUAUGAGCAGCUAGAACAGCCCAGUUUUUCUUUGAAAAAUAAAGGGUUGGCUCAAAAUGAAAUAAUGGAUAAUGAUUUGAUGGGGAAAAAUUUGAAAUGGCACAACCUUGGUAAAUUUGAGAAGCUGCACGAGGGCAUCAAAGGUGAAGUUGUUGACUUGACUAAUAGUCCUCUAUUAGAUGAAAGCUUCUCCAUUUCUGAAUCCAUGUAUUUCCCAAAUCGGAUAGAUGAGACAGAGAAAGAUCAUUUGAGAAAGAAUAAAAUUUUAAGGAAAUUGUCAUUUGGUAGCAGCAUUCACUCAGAAACCAACUCAAUAUGGAGAUCAAUGAAAGAUACAGGGGAAGUUGAUCACCAUGCAGAACCAGAUUUUGGAAAAGAUACAUUUCCUCUUGAUUUCAAUCCCCAUGGAAACAUUGAUUCAACUCCAGUAAGAAACUUAGGAGGAUUAACCUUCGAGGAGGGAGUAUCAUAUUUGAGUGAAACUCCACUCUCACGUGUCCGCAGGUCAGCUACUCCAUUAAAGCAUUCACCUUGGACAACUGAAUUUAUUAAUAAAGUAAAAGAAAAGAGCAAAUUGCGUCAAAAAUCAGUAUUGUGUGGGAAUUCCAGUUCUUUUUUUGGGUAUCAGGGGAAUAUUUCGAAAGCUUCUAAGAAGAGAAGUCCCUCUACACUUGAUUCCUUUAGGUACCAACCUAGUAAAACACCUGGAAAUAUCCAGGAACAGAAAAGACAGAAGCAAUCCGGACAAUCUUCAAACUCAGCCAAGAAAGGAAGAUAUCCCGUUCCCAUAUCCUCAUGGACUCCUAAUGACAAGAGAUCGACAAUGUCUAUGGCAGGCACUAACAUUUGGGAAGAGUGCAAGUGGAGCUCAAACUAAGCUCGUCUGGAGUGAUAAAAGAAAGAUUCCAAAUCAGGCACAGUAAUCUAUAACUGGAGAGAAGAAUGGAGAUUUAUAUUAUUGAUACUUGGUUUAAUAACAUUUUGAAAUGUAGUUUGGUAAAAAUAUAACUACAAAUACAUCUCACAUGAUUUAAGUUUCACAUA